UGCUCCAGGCAGAUAUACUACAUCCAUAACUAUCGGUUUCCUCAUACAAUUUUAGCCAACACAGAAAGGGGCCUAUAUUGGAGACCAAAAGUCGUCUGGCACACUGCUUAGAGUUUCAACAACAUGAAUAACUUAUUUCUAGUCUACAAUCUUAGAUGUUACUACUAAUGUGAAAACAAGACAAUAUAUGACUAUUCUUGCUCAUUUUAAGACAAAUGUCAAAUCAUUACAUUCAAACAGACGUCAAUUGUUGUACAACAUCAUGGCUACGCUGUUGGCAUCACCUUUUACAGUGGAUUUCCACUGUUGUUGGCCUUUAACCAUCUGUAUGACUGUCAUUCACACAGGAAAGAGACGUGACUGUCCUGGAUCCUCUGGGGAGCCUCAACAACCUCAUGAUGCUGACGAGGCAGAGAAGAGUCUCUCCAGAUCAGAACACCUCAAUAAACACCUGCAGAGAUCCACAGGGAAGAGAACUCACUGCUGCUCUGACUGUGGGAUGAGAUUCACCUCAUUAGGCAUUAAGAUUCAUCAGCGAAUCCACACAGGAGAGAAGCCUUUCAGCUGUACUCAAUGUGGGAAGAGAUUUACUAAUUCAAGUAAUCUGAAAACACACCAGAGAAUACACACAGGAGAGAAGCCAUAUAUCUGUGGUCAAUGUGGGAAGAGUUUUGGUCGAUCUUGUCAUCUGACUCAACACAAGAGAAUACACACAGGAGAGAAACCUUAUAGCUGUGAUCAAUGUGGGAAGAGUUUUGGUCAAUCUGGAGAGCUGACAGUGCACCAGAGAGCACACACAGGAGAGAAGCCUUACAGCUGUGUUCAAUGUGGGAAGAGUUUUGGUCGAUCUUGCCAUCUGACUCAACACAAGAGAAUACACACAGGAGAUAAAUCUUAUAGCUGUGAUCAAUGUGGAAAGAGAUUUGGUCAAUCUGGAGAGCUGACAGUGCACCAGAGAGGUCACACAGGAGAGAAACUUUACAGCUGUGUUCAAUGUGGGAAGAGUUUUGGUCGAUCUUGCCAUCUGACUCGACACAAGAGAAUACACACAGGAGAGAAACCUUAUAGCUGUGAUCAAUGUGGGAAGAGUUUUGGUCAAUCUGGAGAGCUGACAGUGCACCAGAGAGCACACACAGGAGAAAAGCCUUACAGCUGUGUUCAAUGUGGGAAGAGUUUUGGUCGAUCUUGCCAUCUGACUCAACACAAGAGAAUACACACAGGAGAGAAACCUUAUAGCUGUGUUCAAUGUGGGAAGAGUUUUGGUCAAUCUGGAGAGCUGACAGUGCACCAGAGAGCACACACAGGAGAGAAACCUUACAGCUGUGUUCAAUGUGGGAAGAGUUUUGGUCGAUCUUGCCAUCUGACUCUACACCAGAGAACACACACAGGAGAGAAACCUUACAGCUGUGUUCAAUGUGGGAAGAGUUUUGGUCGAUCUUGCCAUCUGACUCGACACCAGAGAACACACACAGGAGAGAAACUUUACAGCUGUGUUCAAUGUGGGAAGAGUUUUGGUCGAUCUUGCCAUCUGACUCGACACAAGAUAAUACACACAGGAGAGAAACCUUAUAGCUGUGAUCAAUGUUGGAAGAGUUUUGGUCAAUCUGGAGAGCUGACAGUGCACCAGAGAACACACACAGGAGAGAAGCCUUAUAGCUGUGAUCAGUGUGGGAAGAGAUACUCUGAUAAAAGAUCUCUGAUCAAACAUCAGAAAAUACAUGCAUGAAGGAGUUGUAGGAAAAAUCCAGGCUCUGAAUUGAAAGAGUACUAUUUAUGAGAUUUAACAAAAAGUCACUCACACAAAAAUAGCUGUGUUACACUUCCCACGUUGGUGACCCACUUGAGUCAAAAUGGAACACCUCAAAAUGUGGUGAGCUGUUUUCUACAAGUUGUCCUCUAACCAGGGAUGUACACAUUACUCCCAGUUCUGUGUGCUUUUUGAGCUGUUAGUUUUAACAGGACGUGCAACCUCAUCUUCCUCCUGUCGCACAAAUGAUUUUAGCAUGAUAUAGAUGAGUUAUGACAAAUAAGUGUUGCGUUCCUUUGUUUUGCAACCCAUAAAUUUAAAUGCAUCACUCCCAAAUGUAGCUGACUGUUUUCUGUAGGUUGUCCUCUAAUCAGUGAGGUAAAAUAUAUCUCUCAUUUCCACGUGUUUUGUUUAGUUGUGUUAGUUUCAACAGCACGAACAACCUGAUUUUCCCCCUAAUCGAUACCCGUGAUUUAUUGCUAAUUUAUUGCUACUUGUCAACAGCGUUUUUGGUGCUUGUGCAGUUUAUAAGGAGCUUGUUUAAGUAAUAUGAUUAUUGUGGCCGAUGUUUGUAUAUAUAGUACAUUUUUUGUUUAUGUUUUCAAUUUAUCACAAAGUGUUUCUGCAUUUGGACACGUUUAAACUGUGACAUUGUGGCUAUGCCACCUAGUAAAAUGUUGUUGAAAAUAAGACUAUGCCCGGCAUACAAUAUAAGUUUGGUUUUAGUUGAAAGUGAAAGUUGGGGGGAAAAACAUUGAAUUUCAACAUACUUGCAGCCUAUACACAUUGACGCAGUAUAAUAAAUCGGUCUAUAAUCAAUUUUAUUAACAAUCCUAAUAAAUUGAGUCAUAAAUGUAGGAUAUAUUUGUUGUCUUAAGGGGGAAGGUGUUACAGUCUUUGGUUUUUCCAUUUAUGUUUGGACGUUAGCUCGUAUAGCUCGAUAGCAAUAAGGGCGCACUGAUUAGUGUCACCUCGUUAGUCAGUAUGUGUUACACCUGUGCUGGCUUGUCCAUCUCGUUAGUGGGAAGGUGUUUCACCUGAGCUGGUCCAGGUUCUAUUUAAGAGUGUCUGGCCCAGUGCUCCAGUUGUCUUGAUAGAUGUGGAGAGUCAACACCUUUAGUUGCGCCACCUUUUUGGUUUGCUUCCUGUCUGUGAGUUUUUUCUUUUGUUUGCCUCUUCUUGGGCAGAUUUAGUGGGUCUCAUGGUUGGUGUCUUUUAGGUCCCAGUUGUUGUUACUAGUCAAUUUUCAGUGGACACCCCCAUAGUGUCUUUCAGAGCCCCUCCUAAAAAACAAGCUUAUAUUUUGGGUUGGAUAUUUUAACAUUUUAAUCAAUGGCAUUUCCUUAGGAUGCUCAUUAGUCUUUAAGUUGUUAUUGUUUUUUAUCCUCUAAUGUUUGUGUUCUAAAUAUUUCUGUUUAUUUUCAUAGUUUUUUCCUGUGAAGCCAUUGUGUUGCAUCCAUGCAUCCUUGCAUCCAGCUAGAUUUGAACAAAUUAAAAAACAAAUGAACCCAAUGACUGACCAAUCAACAGACUCUUGCUAAACCAUUCUGUGCAAAUGCAGCACAUAUCUUGGUCCAUCUUUAGUAUGAAAAACAGUAUAAAUUCAGUAUAUCUCCCACUAUGUCAAAAUAGUGCUGGUAUGUAUGUUUUAGUAUCACUUUUCAACCAACCCAGUUCAUUUGUUGAAAUCAACAAUACGUCAAAGGAUCCAACUACUGAAAACUGAAACAAACAAAUGGUUCAAACAGAUCAAUCCCACUUUUCCAGCCUGCUGAAAGCGUGGUGGAGUGGUGAACACCACCCCCGGCUCUACCGGGGGCUUGAGGUGGUCUCCCACAGCUCUGCUGGUGGAGUGGUAAAUACCACCCCCGGCUCUACCAGGGGCUUGAGGUGGUCUCCCACAGCUCUGCUGGUGGAGUGGUAAAUACCACCCCCGGCUCUACCAGGGGCUUGAGGUGGUCUCCCACAGCUCUGCUGGUGGAGUGGUAAAUACCACACCCGGCUCUACCAGGGGCUUGAGGUGGUCUCCCACAGCUCUGCUUAUGUCAUGUUCUGUGGCCUUGCCGUUCCAUUUCUUGACUGCCCCUGCAACACAGAAAGAAACAUAUUUAGUCAUAUUAUAUAAAACACUCAAAGUAAUGGAUGUGUAGCAUCUAUGGCCUCAGUUACACCUGGCACCUAAAUGUGACUUCUGUCAUCUGAUCACUCCAAGCUGCAUUAGGUUCAGAUCUAACAGGAUGAGCCUUUGACGCAGUCAGGCCAUCAAAUAUGCAUAAGCAAUGUAAAGAGAUGUGGGGAAAAGUACAUUCUACACAAAUUACCUUCAUAAUAGCAAAGAACAAAUGUGUGUGUCUGAGGGGAAAUUAACUUUCAUACAGCCAAAAGGGGUGAGAAAUUACACCAAUAUCAGUGAACAAUUUGCACUAAUGUAAAUAAACAUGGAUGAUGGAACAUAUUACCUUUUGCUUAUGUGAUGAACCGCUAAGGGGACAUAAAUAUUUACCAUCUAAAACUUGUGUGACCUCUCACCUCCGGCUGUAGAAGUGUUCUUCCUAACCAGUCCCUCAACAGCUCUCUGACUGAGCUCCACCCUCACUGGGUCUUCAGAGGAGAGGAAGGCUGAGGAGGGAUGGAAGGAUGAAUGGAUCAGUCAGUCAAUAAAGUGUAGAGCUGCUGUCUAUGCUGUCUGACAAAAUCACUAUUUUAGUAGUUCAUUAAAGUAAAUAAGGCUUUAUGACUGCUGAAUACCAACUAUCAAUCACUUAGAUCAUGUAUUUUCAGGUAGAGAUACAUCCUUGGGACGUCCCUAGCCUGUUGAAGUUGACAGUUAAAAUGGUUAAGGUAGGGGUUUAGGAUAGGGAUGUCCCAAGGAUCCCGGAUAGCAUUGACCAUUGUGCAUUCUUCUGUCUCUUUUACAUAGCAGGUGAU